CUCAUUUGUACACCAGUUAAACACAGACACUUUAUUAAUGUAUGUAUUUGACGGGUGUAUAAAUGGAAUAAGCAAUUUUAGGGUUCGGUUUAUUCUUUUUUUAAACACCCAAACACCUUUAUUGUUUUUCUUUUUCCGUGCAAAUUAGGUUUUUUUAAAAACUCUGUUUGGUCUUUUUAUUUUGUUCGGUAAAUUUCUUGUCCCCGCUAGAGUAUAUAUAGUCCUUUUUUACGGAGGGGAUUUUGCGGCGAACUGCAUCGCUCUCAUUUAGCCUUCAAUACAAUGGCGGCUGCCGCUGCUUCCUUCUCCGCCGCCGUCUCCGACCGCCCUGUUAUCUCUAUAUCCAAAUCUCCGAAGGUCCUUCCUGUGUUCUCUAGCGGUUUCCUUCGAAAAACGAGCAGAGAAGCUCUCAUUUCCGGGCCCCGCCGCCGCAGCUCUCUAAUCUCUAGUGUUUUGUCGUCUUCGUCGCCCCCCGCCGCCGCUGCCGCUCCCGAGGUCCUUCCGGAGCAGGCCUUCGUCUCCAGAUUCGCGCCUGACGAGCCGCGGAAGGGAUGCGAUGUCCUCGUGGAGGCCCUGGAGCGGGAGGGCGUGACUCGCGUCUUCGCUUACCCCGGCGGCGCGUCGCUGGAGAUCCACCAGGCGCUCACUCGAUCCAACAUCAUCCGGAAUGUCCUCCCCCGUCACGAGCAGGGCGGCGUCUUCGCCGCCGAGGGCUACGCACGCGCCACCGGAUUUCCCGGCGUCUGCAUCGCAACCUCUGGCCCCGGGGCCACCAAUCUGGUCAGCGGACUCGCGGAUGCUCUCCUCGACAGCUGUCCGAUCGUCGCCAUUACCGGCCAGGUUCCUCGGAGGAUGAUCGGAACCGACGCCUUCCAGGAAACCCCAAUCGUGGAGGUAACCCGAUCCAUUACAAAGCACAAUUAUCUGGUUCUAGAUGUUGAAGAUAUCCCUAGAAUCGUCCGUGAGGCCUUUUUCCUGGCCAAAUCGGGUCGACCCGGCCCAGUUCUGAUUGACCUCCCAAAAGACAUACAGCAACAGCUUGUGAUCCCCAAUUGGGAUCAACCCAUGAGAUUACCCGGAUACCUGUCUCGGUUGCCCAAACCGCCCCACCAUUCGCUCUUGGAGCAAAUCGUGAGGCUCAUUUCCGAGUCCAAAAAGCCCGUCCUCUACGUCGGGGGAGGCUGUUUGGACUCGGCCGAAGAGCUGAAUCAAUUCGUGUCCCUCACCGGGAUUCCCGUGGCAAGUACAUUGAUGGGGCUCGGAUCGUACCCUCUCUCGGAUGAGCUCUCGCUCUCCAUGCUGGGAAUGCACGGAACCGUUUACGCGAACUACGCGGUCGACAAGAGCGAUCUCUUGCUCGCGUUUGGCGUGCGGUUCGACGAUCGGGUAACGGGCAAGUUGGAGGCGUUUGCGAGCCGGGCGAAGAUCGUGCACAUCGACAUUGACUCCGCGGAGAUUGGGAAGAACAAGCAACCACACGUGUCGGUUUGCGCGGAUAUAAAGUUGGCCCUCGGGGCGUUGAAUGAGAUACUGGAGGGCAAAAUGGGGAGGAAGAUGAAUCUCGAUUUCUCGGCUUGGAGGCGCGAGUUGUCGGAGCAGAAGGGCAGGUUUCCCUUGAACUAUAAGACGUUCGGGGACGCCAUUCCCCCGCAAUACGCCAUUCAGGUUCUAGAUGAGUUGACAGGCGGGAAUGCGAUAAUAAGCACGGGCGUCGGGCAGCACCAAAUGUGGGCUGCCCAGUUCUACAAGUACAGAAGGCCCCGCCAAUGGCUGACCUCGGGCGGGCUAGGCGCGAUGGGGUUCGGUUUGCCGGCAGCGAUCGGGGCGGCGGUCGGGAGGCCGGAGGCGGUGGUCGUGGACAUCGACGGGGACGGGAGUUUCUUGAUGAACGUGCAAGAGCUGGCCACGAUCCGCGCGGACAACAUCCCGGUCAAGAUCAUGGUGCUGAACAACCAGCACUUGGGCAUGGUGGUCCAAUGGGAGGACCGGUUCUACAAGGCGAACCGGGCACACACGUUCCUCGGGAACCCGGCUAAGGAGGACCAGAUCUUCCCCGACAUGCUGAAGUUCGCCGAGGCCUGCGACGUGCCCGCUGCCCGGGUGACGAAGAAGGACGAGGUCCGUGCAGCGAUUCGGAAGAUGCUCGAAACUCCCGGGCCCUACUUGUUGGACGUGGUGGUCCCGCACCAGGAACAUGUGUUGCCCAUGAUUCCCAGUGGUGGCGCCUUCAAGGAUGUUAUCACAGAUGGGGAUGGGAGACGCUCAUAUUGAUGAUAUUUGCUAUAAGCUUGGGAAGAUCUGUACUACGUGUUAGUUAAUUCAAUAAACAAAAAUGGUAAGAUUAUGUAUUUGGUUUCUUUGUUGGUUUUAAGUUGUAUUGUCAAACUACUUUGUUGCAGGUUGUUUUGUUAAUGUUAUUUAUGUAGACUUUGAGGUACUACCAGUCCAAGUUUGUUCAUAUGGCCUUAUUUGAUGAUGUCUUGUUGGUCUUUGUGUUAUCUGAAUUUCUCUUAAACCACAACACCCAUUUCACUAGUUAUUUUAUGCAAUUAAUGUGUUGUUAACGU